AUGGACAGCGUUGCUGAGACUGGAUGGCUGAAGCCUGCAGAGGCUGACCCUUCAAUGGAAGACUUGAUGGACAACAGCCAGGUUUCUGACUUUUCAAGCAGUCUCCUUGCAUCCUCCAUGGCAGCAACAGAUGGCAUGGAUGACCAGGACUACGACACCUUGGAGAACCUUGACAAUACCAGAGACCCCUUUACCCCCAACAACCCUACUGGUAACACCGAGGGACAUUCUAUUGAUGUAGAAGGCUGCCCUCAUCGCAGCUUACGACCUUUAUCGUCCCUUUCCCCCUCUUCCUCCUCUUCCUCUUCUACGACUUCUCAGCAACAUUCCUUCACACCUGCAACAUCGACGUCGACGGGGACACCCUUACAGCGACCAUUCCCGACUGGAACCAACAAUGCCAACAAUGCUAAUGGUAACGGGAACGGAGGCAUUAGGCCGUGGAUCCUGAUAUUGGUCUUCUCGGUCUUUCAGUUUCUCAUAACAUCACCCUCGCCCUCGAACGGCGUCAAUGCCUCAUCACACCAAGCAGGUUCCAAUGCAGCAGCGGCAGGAUCGAGCAACGGCGGGAGCGGCAAUAGUGCCCAGGGAGGGCAGCGAGCAGGUGGCAGUGCAGGACUUUACAAUCAACAAUACUUUCGCCAGCUGCCCCCCAUAACCGAUCCAUCACAGGGACCAGGCAAAAUCGUUACUGAGCGUAUGACCGAGACUCGGAGACUGGCGCUCCGUGAGGACUCUAAAGAGAUGUUUAUGCACGGAUACCACGGCUACCUCAACUUUGCGUUUCCCAAGGAUGAGCUCAACCCCGUGGCAUGUAUCGGUCGGGGGCCAGACAAGCGGAACCCCAAGAAUAUCCAUGUCAAUGAUGUUCUGGGCGAUUUCUCGUUGACGCUGAUCGAUGCUCUUGAUACUCUGGCGGCGAUGCGGGAACCGGAGAUGUUUCGACAAGCGAUCGAGAUGGUGAAGCGGCAUGUGGGGAACUUCAACAUUGACAGUCGAGUGCAGGUGUUUGAGGUCAACAUCCGAGUCUUGGGCGCUCUGCUGUCGGGUCAUUUAUAUGCUUCUGAUCCGGCGUUCAAGAGUCAGGUCAAGGGUUAUAAGGGCGAGCUGUUGGUGAUGGCUGAGGACUUGGGCAAGCGGUUGAUGAAAGCCUUUGAGAACUCACCGACGGGGAUUCCUUAUGCCAGAGUAAACUUGCGGAAAGGCGUCCUGCGUGGGGAGACAGGCGAGACAUGCGUAGCAGGUGCAGGAAGUUUACUACUGGAAUUCGGAGUCUUGAGUCGACUUACCGGCGAUGGCUCGUAUGAGGCGGCGGCAAAGAAGGCACUUAUGGAGCUGUGGAAGAGGAGAUCCAAGAUUGGCUUGAUGGGCAACACAAUCGAUAUGACGACUGGGAACUGGAUGUCGAUGAUGACAGGAAUCGGUGCUGGCACGGAUUCCUAUUAUGAGUACCUCCUCAAGUCGUAUGUUCUCUUUGGAGAUGACGAGUAUCUGGACAUGUAUGAGACCGCCCAGGAGUCGAUCCGGAGGAACUUGUUGCAUGAUUCCAAAUACUUUUAUAAACAUGUGCAUCUGGAGGAUGGAAGUCUCAUGGCAACUUGGGUCGACAGUCUCUCGGCUUUUAUGCCUGGAGUUCAGGUGGUGGGAGGCGAUCUGGAAAGCGCUAUCAAGAACCAUUUGUACUAUUAUAACAUCUGGCGCAAGUAUCAGGCGAUCCCUGAGCGAUUCAACUUUGUCUCUCAAAGCGUUGAUAUUGCCAACUAUCCCUUGCGCCCAGAGUUUAUCGAGUCCAACUACUUUCUCUACCGAGCGACCAAAGACCCGUUCUACUUGCAGGUCGGCGAGAUGAUUCUGCGGGACCUUCAGGAGCUGACAAAGACAAAGUGCGGUUGGGCAUCUCUCAAGAGCGUCGUCGACAGGAAGCUGGAAGACAGGAUGGAGAGUUUUGCACUCUCAGAGACGUUCAAGUACCUAUUCCUGCUCUUUGACGAGGAGAAUAUAUUGCAUCAGGAACUCAAGGAUUCCAACUUUGUGUUCACGACUGAAGGACACGUCCUGGCGCUGGCGAACAAGUACUUGGAUCUGUCGAGGAAAAACAGUACCGCCACCGUCACCGAUGCGGGCGAGCAUAUUCAUAACAUUGGACAUGAUGACGAUUGGUCGGCGGCGCGGCACGAGUACCCAAAGCACCAACCACAACAGCAAGUCAUGGACAGCCGCCACCACCAUAAUUCAAAGCAUCACCGGAACCAAGGUGGAAAGAAGGCGCGACGGUGGCCCAUGUGCCAGGCGUACAAGGCACCAGAGACGUUCUUGAAGAGUAUACCCUACCGACCGGACGCGGAUUUUGCGAGACAGAUGGUUGGUAACCGCGAAGACCCUCGAGAUCUGGUGGAGCUGGACCCCAAAGGAUACUGCGAGAGGCCGACAUUGGAGAUGGAGAGGGUCGUUGUGGAGUUUUCUGGACCGCCAAGGAAGACUGUCUAUCGUGAUGACCCUUCUACUACUGGAUCUUCGGCGUCGGCGUCGGCGUCGUCGUCUUCGUCAUCGACAUCAUCAUCAGGCGCUCGUGGUGCUAGAGGUGAAUCUGCGGAGGCUCAGAAGUUGAAGGAAUUGAUGGUGAUUCCAGUCAAGAAGGGCGUGUUUGUGAAUCGGAUCGUGGGUGUCAAGAUGCAGCUGCAGUAUGAUGAGACCUACAAUGGAUAUCGUGCCGUCAAAGUGGGAAGCCACCCGUUGAGCCUGAACUGCAACAUAUACGUUGACCAUUCAUCCAUGCAGCCCCUCUGGGAUUCGUACCAGCGCGCUCAGGACGCCCAUCUCAGGGUCCAAAAGACCACCACUACUACAACAACCACAUCCACAACAGGAACAACGGCGAACUCUGUCAAUACUGCAAAGGUGGAAAAGGACUUUUUGGUCACCCCCGCAGAUUUUGGGUACUGGCGUCCGAGUGUUGUCGACUACCGUGCCGACUCUACAGUUCCCCAAACCACCUACGAGACCAUCCUCGUCGACCCCGACCUCAUCACCAAUACUCAGCAUUCUCAACCAUCUUCAGCAACACCGGGACUGGUCCGCAUCAAGGAGAACGAAAAAGGAUGCCGCCCCUUCACAACCUCCCAUUCUACACAGAUCCGGGAUAACAUCUUGGUUGUCGACAGAGGAGGAUGUCUCUUCAUCCUGAAGGCGUUCUAUGCCCAGGCCGCUGGAGCACAGGGGAUUGUGGUGAUUAAUUGGGAUGAUACGUCGUUUGCGAUGACGGGGCCUAGUGCUGAUGAAGUCGCUGCUACCACUGCCACACCUACUACUACAGAAGCGGGCUCAGCGGAGGCGAAGAAGGGGGCGACGCCGCAGAUGGGUGAGGGGAUCCCGGAGGACGCGAUUGAUAUCCAUUCGGUGAUGAUCAGUCGUUCUGAGGGAUUAGUGUUGUUGGAUUGGAUCCGUGAAGCCGCCGAGGCCGAGACGCAGUCCAAGGACACUGAUGCCGACGCGACCGACUCUUCUUCCUCUUCUUCUUCUUCUUCAUCCAACGCCUCAGGAUCAGGAACCGAAGGAACCACCACAACUACUACCACAAUGAAGUUUACAGGACUGGUGGCGCGAUUCGUACAGCGGAAACUGACAAAGGAGCAACUUGCCAAUGCGCGGUUAUCGUAUAAUAGUCUUCCGAUUGUCAACAUUCAUUCCAUCUCUGUCCCUAUAGCCACCUUUGGAUAG